AUGCUGCUCUCGUAUCAUUCCUUCAUAGUUCUCAGGUCUCCUCCUCAUGUGGUGUUUAUACUGGCUGAUGAUAUGGGCUUUCGUGAUGUGGGUUAUCACGGAUCUGAGAUUAAAACUCCCGUCCUGGACCGGCUCAGCGCCGCAGGGGUCCGGCUGGAGAACUACUACGUCCAACCGCUGUGUACUCCAUCCAGGAACCAGCUCCUGACAGGGAGAUACCAGAUCCAUACAGGGAUGCAGCAUGAGAUUAUCUGGCCGUGUCAGCCAUACUGUGUUCCUCUUGAGGAGAAGCUGCUAUCGGAGCUAAUGAUGGAGGCAGGUUACUUCACCCACAUGGUGGGCAAGUGGCACCUGGGCAUGUAUAGAAGAGAGUGCCUGCCAACUUGCCGAGGCUUUCACUCCUUCUUUGGAUAUUUGACAGGAGGAGAGGAUUAUUACACUUAUGAGCGCUGUUACUUCAUCACACCACUAAAUGUUACAAGCUGCGCUCUGGACCUUCGGGAUGGCGAGGACACGGCGCCGAUGUACCGCGGAGUGUAUUCUACUGAACUCUUCACCCACCGAGCAAUCAAUAUCAUAUGCAACCACAACACAGACUUGCCUCUGUUCCUGUAUGUAGCUCUGCAAGCAGUUCAUGCUCCUUUACAGGUGCCGGAGCACUACACCAACCCCUACAGUUUCAUUAAGGACUCUUCGCGCAGGCAUUAUGCAGGAAUGGUGUCAGCAAUGGACGAAGCCGUAGGGAACAUCAGUAGGGCACUGCAGGAUGCAGGGAUUUGGAACAACACCAUCCUCAUCUUCUCCACAGAUAACGGGGGUCAGACACUGUUCGGGGGGAGUAACUGGCCCCUGCGUGGCAGGAAGCGGUCUCUCUGGGAGGGUGGAAUCAAGGGUGUGGCUUUUGUCACUGGACCACUGGUGAAGCAGUCUGGUAAUGUGAACCGAGAGCUUAUACACAUCUCUGACUGGUUGCCCACGCUGGUGGGUGUUGCUGGAGGAUCAACCAAUGGGACGAAGCCAUUAGAUGGGUUUAACAUGUCGGACACUAUAAGCAAAGGAAAAGCCUCUCCGAGACAGGAAUUGCUACACAACAUUGAUCCACUUUAUGUCGACGGUGCUCCAUGUCCAGGAAAAGCUGUAGGAGCUCAACAGGAAAUGCUCGACUCGUUAAAGAGAGACUCGUUAAGGAGGAAUUCAUUAAAGACAGGGUCUGUUUCUGUGCCAUGCUUUAAUGUCUCCAUGCACACUGCUAUUCGCUACAAGAACUGGAAGCUCCUGACUGGAUAUCCUGGCUGUCCUCUGUGGUUCCCUCAUCCAGGUGAGAUGGUAGGUGGAGUCUCAGAUGAAGCUCCUCCCCUUAAGCAGGUGAUGCUGUUUGAUAUCGAUGCUGAUCCUCAAGAGAGAAAUGAAAUUUCCCAUCAGCACCCGAAAAUUGUGGACUUCCUGUUAAAGCGGUUAGAGCAGCUGCAGGAAGGGGCACAGCCCAUCAACUAUCCGCCCGACGACCCCCGCUGUGACCCCCAACACACCGGCGCCUGGGGGCCAUGGCAGUGACC